AUGAGUGACUCGCGUCAGACGGCCAAUGAAGGCGAUAUACCCGCUUCGACCAGCGCGACGGAGGCGGAUGCUGGCAGCAGUUACUCUUUUCUUAUCCAUUCCAACAAGACAUUAACGCAGGAUCUUCCACCCAAGGUCGACAGCAAAGUAUACAUCCGUCAGCGCCGUCGACGGACAAGUCCCGAGGACCACGCCAUCCUUGAGGCAGAAUACCAACUGAAUCCGAAGCCUGAUAAGGCCACCAGAGCCAGCAUCGUUAGUAGAGUCUCGUUGGGAGAUAAAGAAGUUCAGAUAUGGUUCCAGAAUCGAAGGCAGAACGACAGGCGGAAAUCUAAACCGAUACAUCCUAAUGAGCUCUCCCCAAAUACGCGAGAACAUGAAAGUUCACAGCAAACUGUUGAUACCAGUCCCUCGAACACGCAAAAUGAAUAUUCGAGUUCCAGCGGUUCCCCUCAUGAUCCCUACGAUAACUCUCUGGGCGCACCUUCCCAAGCCCUUCCUAGCAGCCGGUGCGACCACACAGUCAUCUCUUCCCAGAUUGGGAGCUCACAAACUUCUACUUCUUCUACCAAAUCACAAACAGACAAGUGUAGCUUUUGCUCUCCUGUCAGCGAACCAAGGGUACGCGGUCAGCUUUCCUCCGGCAAGAGAAAGCGUGCAGAUUCCGGCGUGAGCGGGCUUGGAAUAAGUGGAACUGAGCAUGGGAGAAAGGCAUUUGAAUCUGCGCACUCUCCAUCUCUCCGGAUUUCCUUUUCUUUCGAUGGCGAAGCGAUUGUUCGGGGGGAAGAUGAGAGAACUCCGUCUCCCCCUAAAGUUCGUGAUUCCCUGAGGAUUGCGUUUUCUGCAGAUGGUGAAGCAGUCGUCCGAACAGCAGGAGAACCGUCUCCCUCUCCUCCACGAAACCGUACAUCAACCACCAUUUCUCUUCAGUCACGACUUAGGAGCCUUCGACGCACAAGCAGCGCUGUCUCUCUUGGUACGCCUGGUUCUAAGUCACCAGAUGCUACUAAUAUAUUCGGUCGGUCGCGAGAUUCGCGUAGAUGGGAAUUAUACUGUGACACAGACGCGCGUAGCGCUCUAUCGUCACCCCAUAUUAGCACCGGGCCUACACCUGACCGAACCGGAAGCGCGAAGUCCUCCAGCAAGAAGUCGUUGGACGCGAACGCGCGCAUCUUGUCACCGUGCGCCAACCUCCCGAACACACUGCUACCUAAUGGCCCGCCACCUCAAAAGCGGAAAAAGCUAUCACGCGCCGUUUCCUCUUUUGGACGAUUGGAGACUGAUUCAUCCGAUACAACUACUAAUGUAAUGAAGCCGAGUAGCUCUCAGGGGAACGGAGGUCAUAGAUCAAAAUCCAAGACGGACGUCCACAAUGGUGACUCUGAUAAGGAAAAUUGGCUCCCGGGUACACAGACGACAGGUACCCGCCGACGCCGACCACAGCCUACCACUCAGCCUCAACACCGUGUCCUUCAAACAUCUGGGGAUGCUCGACGCGAAGGAAACCGAAUUAUCGGACGAGGUCCCACGACUCCCCGAAAAGGCCAAGGCAGACACAGGAAUGAUGAGAAUAAAGGGAAACCGUCCGCCUCGGGUUCCGGUUCGAACCAGGUGGAGGACUUGGACUGUAUCCAAGGAUUACUCUCCUUGAGCCAGGGUGCCUGGAAAUGA